UUCAACCUUUUUUUUCUUUCAGUUCAUUCGAGACAUCGUCUGGCCAACAGCGUUUUGACUCGGAGAGUUUUAUUAACAGACAUCUGGACAUAAUGAUUUCCUGUUAUCCUUUCCUGUUAUCCUUCAUUUAUUUGACGAUCGCCUUCGUGUCCGGCAAUGAUCUUAACUGUACAGAAUAUCCUGUAUUCACUCCAUCCAGGCUGGUAGUGAAGCACGGUGACCCAGCCAAUGCUACAUGUGUUGUGUGUCAGAGGGACUGCCAUGGAAAUAUUUUUGACUUGGAAAAAGCUUGGGGAGAAGUCAUAAAAAAUGGAACCACACUGUUAUGGACCAUUAAAAAACUGACUGAAUGGGACAUGGAUAUCCAGUGCUUUUAUAGCCUUGAUGAUGGUGAUCAGUGUAUCAGCAAGCUGGAUAUAACUACCUACCAGCCUCCAAAAAGUGUCUCCAUCAGCUUUGUAAACCACACUGGGCCCAUGUUUGAGCAUCAGCAGUACAGACUGCAGUGCAGCGUACAGGACGUAGCUCCUGUUCAGAACCUCACUGUGACCUUCUACAGAGGCUCUAAAGCACUGGGUCACCUACAGUCCAACAGUGAAGAGAAGAAAGCAGUGAACAAGAUCUUCACUCUGAACAUCACCGCCAGUAAAGAUGAUGAUGGAGCCCUGUACCGGUGUGAAGCCAAGCUGGAGCUGGGACCAGAUGGACCACAGCCCCCUCCAGUGGCGAGAUCACAAACUCUCACUGCCUCAGUUUACUAUAUAGAUGAGAUGCCAAAUCCAGUUAGUAUCACAAUCACAGAAGGAGACCCUCUACACCUGAACUGCUCCCCUGUGGGAAACCCCAAGCCCACCUACACCUGGACACUGCCAUCAGACCGCUUUUCUUCCCACAGUGACAGCGUCCUCACUAUCGAUACUGCAGGCUUUGAGGAUAACGGACAGUAUAUCUGCACUGUGAGCAACGAAGCAGGGAAUGUCACCAUGGUGUUUAAUGUGGAUAUAAAAGCCAACCCCUUCAUGUGGAUAAUAAUAGCAUGUAGCUCUGUAGCUCUUCUGGUUAUCAUCGCUUUUGUGCUGUAUUUUCAUUACUAUAAACAACACCGAAAGGGAAGCUACAACCUAAAGGAUGUUUUCCGUUUCCCGGCUAGGCACAUUGCCUUGCCUCUUGUACAGCAAAACUGUGACAACCCGUGAACUGUGGACGUGACAUGUGGACAGUCUGGAGCUCUUGCUUUGACGUUAGGUGCCGUCUAAUUCUUGGAGGGAGCUCGCCAAAUUUGACAUCAUCCCUGGUUUGAUUCAGGCAAUGCUUACCUUCCUCUACUGAUGACAUCUGAUGGUGUAAUACAACAAAAAUGAUGCAAGGAAGCAACGAGUUUAACUGAAGUGACCUGCAACCUGAAUACUGAAUGGAAAAAGCUCCGUCCUCUUUUAUCAAACUUCUGCUUUCCAAGUUCCUGUCAAACAAUCAUGAACCUUUACAAUCACUUCCUGUAAAUAUGCUGACUUAAGUCAGAGGCCUUGGAUUGUACUGCUUUUACUGCACUGUCAAUGCAGUAAAAGCACAUCGAAACACUAUCAGUCACAGAUUGGCCUCUCCAGAGCUCGGCCUCCUCUAGUGCUCAGAUUAUUAAAAGAUGUCACCAACUGUGUGGAUUUAAACGUGUGUGGAAUUAAAAGGCCAACUCCUCUAGGAAACUUGGCAAACACAUCUAAGUCUGUGCGUGGACACACGCACCCUCAUCUCCUACAUUCCCAGUAAAGACAGGAAGUUUCACAGCUGGCUGCAAAUAUCAAGUGGCUGAAACAACCAGCAACUGUAGUUCUUGAUAAGCAUUAUCCAAGCUGAAACUAUUUACUCAGGAAUGUGAAAUUUAUUAGAGGAUUUUAAUAAAUCAUUUUACCAAAAAAAAAAGUAAUAGAUGAGUUCUCAAAACAGGAUGAUACGUCAGAAACUACCUAAAGGCCUGCUUCAAACACACUUGCAAGUUAUCAAAUUACCAUGCUGACCACACUGGGCCCUUUGGGUGUUUUCUGCUUUGCCUGGUCGAUAAUGCGGCCUUGAGCGGAUGCAGACUGAAUAACACAAAUACUGAAUGUCACCAGCUAUUUCCUUAAACUGUUGUACAGCCUUGACUUUAACACUGUUGUCAAACCAGCAGCUUAGUGGCUUUGUCUGCAUUUCUGCCGCCGCUUUGGUUUCACAGCUUGCAAGAGAGCAGCCUGUUUCCAGACCACCCUCGAUUUACACGGUUGACUGAGAAAACUGCGUUCUCUAAGUAGUAUAAGCUUACUUUUUUUUGGUUUUAUAUUAAGUUGUUCAUUUUCAAUAUUUAAUGACUGUAAAGGUACAAACUCAAGACUCACAGUACACCAACAACUAAAACGUCUCUAUCAGUUUAACGUUUUUCUGACCUUUCCAGCGAUGGGAGGAAUAUCAAGUUGAAACAUUUUCAAAUACAAAAAAGACAUUUUUUUUUUAAUUUGCUUUGGAAAAUAUGAAAAUAAAUUCAUGUCAUCAAAUCCACACACAUGUAAAGGGUUGUACAUUGAGUAUAACUGCCGUGUAGGUGAAAAUGCUGUUUAAUGGUCUUGUUGGUGUAAAUAGUGCAAAUGAUUUUAUAUCUUUAUUUAGACAUGUGCAGUUUGGAUACUAAAGCCUAAAGAAGAUUUUCACGGGGGAAAUGUGUGGAAAAACAUGGUGGUUACUGUCUGCCAGCAGGCUGCCUCAGAUUCCCCAUUUCUCAGAGACGUGGACAGUGCCAGAUUAGAGCCAUGCUAACUCCUGGUGGGAAAUACACAAGGCUGAAGUAUACUGAAAUUCACUUUUAAUACUCUGAAGUUAGAGUUCCCAGUGAAACACUGUGUAUAAGAGCAUAUAAGAGAAGUGGCCUGUGUGACACCACCCACUGGGCUGUGGGCUGAGGUUUUGAAGCCUCGGGUUUGACACCAUCUAUGGGCAUCCCUUUUCUGACCCUGUGGCCACACCCAUCUUUUAUGUCAUCUGUGAUUCUAACACACAACUUGUCGCCUUGCAACUGUUGCCAUGUCCAUGUAUUUGUGGUGUACAUAGUAUGAAUAGUGGAGUACUGUUAUUUUGUGGUUUUAGCUGAGUCUUAGUGAAAAAGAGGAACUCUAUGAAGCAACACUGUACUAAUGCACUGUGCUGGAAAUUGUUUAUUCUAAAAAUAGAAAUAAAUUAUAACCGUUUUUUAUUAAUAAAAAAGAUGUCUCCUGAUCUCUCA